GACAAAGGCGAUUCGGAUGACGUUGUUCUUUGACGAUCGAAGCUUCGAUCGUCAAGGAACAAAGAACGGCGGAUAUAUAUAUGUAUAUAUAGGGCCAACGGUCACGGCAGGACACUUCGAAGUCGUCUCUCGUAGAGCAAAGAUCGAGCCCUUUUCCGAGUUCUCCGCUAAGUUAUCGAGGCCGAGUCCUCGCGUUCGUGCGUUUGUGCGUACCGGAGACCGAGUUCUCCGCUAAGAUAUAUCGAGGCCGAGUCCUCGCGUUCGUGUAAUUUUAAAUAAACAAUCAUAAACAAACGAAACUAGUGUAUGGACUUAAACUCCCACACACGCAACAAUGCUGAGUCAUCAAGUGAUAUUAUUUUACAAGCCGCAGAUAUAGAGUUGUUCACAGAUAAUUUAAAUGAAACAUUUCAGACAGGCAGACAAAAUAACCCUAGACACAGAAGAUCUCGACCUAAACAAAUAAAUUCAUCUAGCCGAAGAGAGGAAGAACAUGUAACCAGAAGAGAUGCAGACCAAGAUUGUGAAAGUUCUCCCGAUACACAGAGGACAGCAAUUACACAUGCAAUAAUGCAGACGACACAAAUGACACAGCAUGAAGAAUCUCAGACAAUCAAUAUUACUUUUAAUUCAGAAAGUGGAAUCACAAAUACACAAGUCCAAGAUUGAGAAAGUUCUUCCGAUACACAGAGGACAACAGUUACACAUGAUAUAAUGCAGACGACACAAAUGACACAGAAUGAAGAAUCUCAGACAAUCGAUAUUACUUUUGAUUCAGAAAGUGGAAUGACAAAUACACAAGGUAAUAU